AUGGUCGUCCUCGUCGCGGCCUUCUUCUUCAUGGGCUUCUUCUCCAUCUACGUCCGCCGCUGCACCGGCCGCCGCUUCCACGGCGACGACUUCCACUUCGAGCACUUCGCCGGCGGCCGGUGGUCCAUCUCCGACCCGCCGGGGCUGGACGCCGAGAUCAUCGACUCCUUCCCGACUUUCCUCUUCUCGUCGGUCAAGGGUUUGAAGAUCGGGAAAGGUGGGGUGGAAUGCGCGGUGUGCAUCUGCGAGUUCGAGGACCACGAGAUGCUCCGUUUGAUCCCCAAGUGCAGCCACGUGUUCCACCCCAAGUGCAUCGACGCGUGGCUCGCGUCCCACGUCACCUGCCCGGUCUGUCGGGCCAACCUGAACCCGGUUCCACUGGACCGCUACUCGUCGUUCUUCCCGUUUCCGGAUUCGGAUCGAGAUGUCCACCCGUCCGAACCGGAUCGGGCGGCCCAGCAGAGCGGGUCCGGUGUCGUCGUUGACCGAGUCGAUGAUGAUCAUCUGCCACAAAUUUCGGUUCGUGCUGAUCAUCAUCAUCAUCAGGAGAGCAUCCAGAAUCAAAAUAACGGUUUCGAUGAAAUCAAUUUGUCGUUGCCGCACGAGCAAGUGUCGGUGCCGGUGCCGGUCGGGUCACAGAAGAAGCAGAGCGGCCACUCUCGAACCGGUUCGAGCGGGUGGAGUUUCAGGCAGUUGUUUCCCAGGUCGCACUCCACGGGUCACUCGCUGGUUCAAUCGGGAGAGGAUCCCGAGCGGUUCACCCUGCGACUUCCGGAAGAUGUGAGGAGCCGGCUGCUGAGCACCGAAUUGAACCGGACGAGGAGCUGUGUGGUGUUCACCAGGGCGAGGAGCGGGAGGAGAGGGUUCAGGAGCGAGGGCGAAGGAGCAGGAGGAGCUGGUGGGAGGCCGAGUAAGAUCAGUUCUUCGGGCAGCUACGAUCGGUUCGACCUUGAUCAAGAAGAUCGAUCGGUUCGAAAGGGUUCUGCCCCGGGACUCCCACCUCUUCCUCCGAAAAAUGGGUCCGGUCCGAGCCGCGGUAAGAGAGGAAUAGAAGGUGGAAAUGAGGAUGUUGGUGGGAGUCUACCAAGGAGGUCUUCUAGAUCAGUAAGAUCAUCGUUUGACAGAUUCUUGCUUGGACUUGAUACAAAUUACACGGCUAAUAGUAACCAAAAGCCAAUUGGUGAACGAUCAUUUGAUCGUUUGAGGGGCGACAGUAGUAGUCAAGUUUAG